AUGACGGAUUCAAAGUAUUUCACUACGACCAAGAAGGGUGAGAUCUUUGAACUCAAAACUGAGUUGAACUCAGAUAAGAAGGAGAAAAAACGCGAAGCUGUGAAGAAGGUGAUAGCCAGCAUGACUGUGGGUAAGGACGUAAGUGCCUUAUUCCCGGAUGUCGUUAACUGCAUGCAGACGGAUAAUGUCGAAUUGAAGAAGCUCGUCUACUUGUAUCUUAUGAACUAUGCGAAGAGUCAACCGGAUCUUGCGAUCAUGGCCGUCAAUACUUUUGUUAAGGACUGUGAAGAUCCAAAUCCUCUUAUCCGAGCCCUAGCAGUACGUACAAUGGGAUGUAUUCGUGUGGAAAAGAUUACAGAGUAUUUAUGCGAACCCUUACGCAAAUGUAUGAAGGAUGAGGAUCCUUAUGUACGUAAAACAGCAGCAGUGUGUGUAGCAAAACUUCAUGAUAUGAAUCCGAAACUAGUGGAAGAACAAGGGUUUGUCGAACUUCUGAACGAUUUGCUCUCCGAUGCAAAUCCAAUGGUUGUCGCAAAUGCUGUAGCUGCUCUAACUGAAAUAAAUGAGCAGAGACCACUAAUAGAGGUAAAUAGUCAGAUGGUGAACAAACUGUUAACGGCGCUUAACGAAUGUACUGAAUGGGGACAGGUUUUCAUUUUGGAUGCGCUCGCUGGUUAUCGACCUCGUGAUGAACGAGAAGCUCAGAACAUUUGCGAGCGGAUCUCUCCUCGCCUUGCCCAUGCUAAUGCGGCUGUCGUGCUCUCUACUGUUAAAGUCUUGAUGAAAUUGGUUGAUAUGCUCCCACCAGAUUCGGAGUUUAUUAAUCAGCUAACGAAAAAACUCGCUCCGCCAAUGGUAACCCUUUUGUCUGCGGAACCGGAGAUACAGUAUGUGGCUCUACGAAACAUUAACUUAAUUGUUCAAAAGAGACCAGAUAUUUUAAAACAAGAGAUGAAGGUUUUUUUUGUUAAAUACAACGAUCCCAUCUAUGUCAAAAUGGAAAAGUUGGAUAUUAUGAUUCGUCUGGCCCAGCAAAACAAUAUCGCCCAGGUGCUCAGUGAACUGAAGGAAUAUGCUACUGAAGUUGACGUAGACUUCGUUCGUAAGUCAGUUCGUGCUAUCGGUCGAUGCGCCAUAAAAGUUGAAACAAGUAGCGAGCGGUGUGUUGCAACUCUUUUGGAACUUAUACAAACAAAAGUGAAUUACGUUGUCCAGGAAGCUGUCGUUGUUAUCAAGGACAUUUUUCGAAAGUACCCAAAUCGCUAUGAGAGUAUCAUCUCGACAUUGUGUGAGAAUCUGGAUACAUUGGACGAACCUGAAGCCAGGGCAUCCAUGAUUUGGAUCAUUGGAGAAUAUGCUGAAAGAAUAGAUAACGCGGAUGAGUUGUUAGAGAGCUUUGUUGAAGGAUUCCAUGACGAGAAUACGCAGGUACAACUUCAGUUGCUUACGGCUGUAGUGAAAUUGUUCUUGAAACGACCUACUGACACACAACAGUUGGUGCAACGUGUUUUAUCUCUUGCUACACAAGACAGCGACAAUCCGGAUCUAAGAGAUCGUGGAUACAUCUAUUGGCGUCUGCUAUCGGCAGACCCUGCUGCGGCGAAGCAAGUAGUGUUAGCCGAGAAACCACUCAUCUCAGAGGAAACAGAUUUACUAGAACCAUCACUACUCGAUCAACUUGUUUGCCAUAUAGGAAGUCUGGCAUCCGUCUAUCAUAAGCCACCUUCCUCGUUCGUUGAUGGUGCUAGACAACCACUGCGUACAGGAAUUGGUUACACUAAUGGUCAUCCAUCCAUCGACUCUAAUAGUGGAUCAGUUUCCACUGUAGCGCAUAAUACUGUGCCAACGGUGAUUCCUUCUCAAGAUACUCUCAUCGCUGACCUUCUUUCGCUUGAUAUUUCAGCACCAAUGAGUGGGCAAAUUAAUAGUAUACCAGGAUUGACUGGACCUUCUGUUCCCGAAGCAGUACCUUCUCUUGCUACCAGCACUGGAUUUGAUCCACUAGCGAAUCUCGGUUUAGGUGUUCCACCUGCUCAGACAACUCUCCCUUCCACAUUGAGCGGUCUUGGCGACAUCUUCAGUGGAUCUAUGGGAAUGACAGGAACACCCAGUUCAGGAUACCAAGCACCAAAACAGUUGUGGCUUGAUGCGGCUCGAGCAAAAGCACGUGCAAUGCAAGCUCUUUCUGGAUUUGCUAUCCAAUUCAACAGGAACUCAUUUGGACUGAUUCCAGCUGAGCCGCUAAAGGUUCCUUCUCCACUCGUGCCUGGACAAAGCGCCAAUGUUGUUCUGCGAUGCGUCACUACUGGUGGUGUACAGAAGAUGGAACCACUCACAAACCUUCAGGUGAUUUCAUUAAUUGAAUAG